AUGAAUGAAAACGGAGAGCAGUUUGUAGAAUUUUGUGGAAACAAUACCAUUGUCAUCGGUGGAACACUCUUUCCACAUAAAGAUAUUCACAAACUAACAUGGGUAUCACCUGGAGGACGAGAUAAGAAUCAGAUUGACCACAUCGCAAUUAACGGUAAAUGGACGAGGUCACUCCAAGAUGUGAGAGUGAGACGAGGAGCUGACGUAGGGAGUGACCACCACCUAGUCACUGCUAACAUCAAGUUGAAAUCGAAGAAAAUAGCGCUAAAGUCAAAUAUUAAAAAGUACGACACAGGGAAGCUUAGUGACAACAAAAUCAAACAAGACUUCAGAAUAGAGCUAAGAAACAAAUUCCACGUAUUACAAAACAGCAACAUAGAAAAUGAAAACCAAAUAGACGAACAUUGGAACAGGGUGAGAGAUACCUUCAGCAAAACAAGCGAAAACGUAUUGGGCUUCAGAAGACGAAAUUUUAUAGAAGGAAUGGCAAAGGAAGCUGAGAAAGCUGCCUCCGAGCAGAGAAUGGGAGAUCUUUACCAGAUAAUCAAAAAACUAUGUGGGAAAAGAAGAAACGCAAACAUGACAGUACGAGACAAACAAGGAGCACUGAUAACAUCAGAAAGACAGCAAUAUGAGAGGUGGAAAGAACAUUUUGAAGAGAUUCUUAAUAGACUAGAACCCACUGUAUUAGCAGAAAUCCAAGACGCAGAAGAUGACUUAGUAAUAAACAUUAAGGAACCGUCAAAAAUAGAGAUUUUAUGA